AUGUUCAACAUUCUACACUCUCUAGUCGGUACGGAGAAUGAGGUAUCCGUAAGCGAACCUCAUUCACUAGACGACCAUUCUAGAGACAUUCGUGACUCCAAAACGGUAUUAUCGGUCAUACAUUGCAACAAAGUCGGACCAGCGACGGUAGACCACCACUCCCUUGGUCAUGAUAUCGGACACCCUCAGCUCGUCCCUGGAGUGAUUGGCUACAAGCUCCUCAACGAUACCAGUGAGAUUGAAGAUACGAAAAUUCGAAAAUAUAUUCGGAGGAGUGCAAUCGAAAAGCUGGAGCACCUCCUUCGAAAUGUCUCGGCAACGGACAAUCCAGCUGUCAAGAUUGGAAAACGCGCCUUUAUAUGCAGUCCUCAGAUGUCAGAAGAAAGCGGCAGCCUCAUCAUGUCCGAAGUAUUCCACGAGACUCAGCUCCAUUUCAGCAAUGGAGUCAAAUCAACUCAAUAUUUUAACGCACGUUGCCCGACAAUCAAGCCCGCACUUUUGGAUGGAACAUCUCCUGUUCGGUUUAAAAGUAUUCACAUCAAUACCGGUAUUUGUUUGGUCUCCAAAGCCGUCCUGGGAAUGGUCCCAGGCCAUGGUCAAGAUGAUAAUUGCAUUAUUCCUAUGAUACCUCAAAAUGACGAUCCAACCCUCUACGAGUUGGAGACUGUCGCUCGACUUUCUUCGGCUGUUGCAGAUGUUGCAGCACUAUGUGGAGGAUGCAGCAACCAGCAUACUGCUCUUAGUGUCAAUAUCGACGUACCUGAUUUCCAGUACUACUGGACAGCCUGUGAGCUUUUUGCCCAAAAGCUGGUCUCGAUAAGCUAUGUUCAAAGCUGGAUGGCUGUGAUCGGCAGAAGAAAAACCCAACUCCAGAACAUGAUGGCUUCUGCUAUUGAUGAAAUGCUGAUGGACCGAGGUAUUCGUAACGUGGAGGUGAAUUUCGCCUCUGCAGCAGAAGCAGCGGUCGCGUUGCUCCAGGAGAGAGUCCCAUCCGGAGUCAUGCCCUCUUUGGAGGAACUAUUGAUUGCACUGAAAACCCAGGGGGCGGAUUCUGCGCAAUGGAGAGACUUCUUUACACACCUAGACCGAGGGAAUCAGCCUUCAACCGUGGCAGGCCUAGGCCGAUUGAUAUAUAUUUUCGAAGUCGUGAAGCAUGCUCUGGAAUGUCAUGCUCCACUGCCAAUAGAUGAGAAGGCCCAAGGUGGGCAUCAUAAAAAGCUCAUCAUAUUCGUGGAUGAUAGUAUGGAGCGGCGGAUAUUUGACAAAGCAACUACAUUCAUCAGGGGAUACUCGGAGCGGUCACCAGCUGGCACGGAAGGGACUAUCAUAGUCGGCCUAUUCCCCAUGCAAAGGAUACUGGUUGCUGGUUCUGGCCGCUCGGAUCUCUAUACGAAUGAUCCAGGCCCGCAUCUGUGCCUGCAUUCCAGCGGAGCGAGAAUAAGUCCAUUUGAUAUCAUCAGCACGACUCAUGGGUCACGUACGGCAAGACGGCUGCAGCGCUCGUGUACGGAACAGGGAUUCAGGACAAGGCCGCAAGGCUUUUGUUAUGAGAAGGCAACGCCCUUCUCGACAAAACAUGUUGUGAAGCUCUUGGGAACAUGUGCCACAAUUGGGGCCAUUAUGUGGCUCAGGGAGUGGAUAUGGAGCUAG